AUGUCGAAUGGGAGAAAGGCCGCGGGCCCGCAGCCUUUUAUCAAGAGGGACCAGCUCAGGCGGGACUUCCUACGGACACGGGUGAAGCGUAACGGACCAGGCAAGGGCGGUGUGAAGAAGGAGGACCCAGAUUCGAUGGAGGAGCAGACGAGGCAGAUGCUGCAGGGCGGGGGUGGGGGAGUGAAGCGGGAGGAUGACGACUACCAGGAGUUUCCGCUGCGGGCUGCGAACGCGCAAGACCUUAAGAACGUGAAGGUGCACCUGCUGAAGUUUCAGUCGAAGAAGAAGAUCGAGCCGACGAAGGACUUCCACCUGCCUGUCCGGCUGCACCGGAAGGACACGCGGAACGUGCAGUUUCAGCUGACGCGGGCUGAGAUUGUGCAGCGGCAGAAGGAAAUCGCGGAGUACAAGCGGCGGUUGGAGGGCGAGCAGGGGGCUACGCCGGUGUCGGCGUCUUCGCGCGAGUCCGGGGGCGCUGAGGGCACGGAGGGCACGCCGGGAGACAGUGGCGGCGCCUUGCAGCCUCUGGCUGCGGAGAAACCGGGGCCCACGACCAAGCUGCCGGAGGCAGGACUGGCGGAGGACCCGACGAAGGUUGGGCUGGUCAAGUAUGACGGGAAGGAGCAGGUGGACUUUGACUUCCAGUCCGGGACCAUUGAUCCGUUUGCAGACGUCGCGCCGGACGGAGGCGGGCGCUUUAAGCGCGGCAACUCGAAGCGGAAAACGCGGCAGCUGAAGCUGCUGGACGAGAAGGCCCGCAAGCUGCGGUUCGAGGAAUUCUACCCCUGGGUGAUGGAGGACUUUGACGGGCUGAAUACGUGGGUGGGCUCGUACGAAGCUGGAAACUCUGACUCUUAUGUCUUUCUGAGCGCAGAGAACGACGGGAGCUUCACAAUGAUCCCGGCCGACAAGGUGUACCGGUUCACAGCUAGGAAUAAGUAUGCGACUUUAACUAUUGAGGAGGCAGAGAAGCGCAUGGAAAAGAAUGGCGCGGGUGCGCCCAGGUGGUUGAUGAAGCACUUGGACAACAUUGGCACCACGACCACAAGAUAUGAUAGAACUAGAAGGCGGCUGAAGGUUGUGGACGGGAACGACCGGCAAGAGGAGGACGACCGGGUAGAUAACUCGGAGGUAGAGCUUGAUUAUGACGAAGAGUUUGCCGACGACGAAGAGGCUCCGAUCAUCGAUGGGAACGAAGAAGAGAAUAAGGAGUCUGAACAGCGUAUUAAAAAGGAGAUGCUUCAGGCCAACGCAAUGGGCUUGCGUGACGAUGAUGCCGUGGAAGACGAAGAUGAUCUUUUCGGCGAGAAAAAGAUUGAUGAGGAGGGCGAAAAGGUUAAAAAAGCGUUACUCAAGACUGACCUAGGCGCAUUGUACGAGUCUGAUGAUGAUUCGAACCCGUACUUGUCUGAGUCUGACCUUGAUGACGAUGACGAUAAGAAGAUAAAGAAAGAGGACCAGGAUGAGGAUUCACUAAGUCGGAAAUCUUCUCCAAAGAAGAAGGCUUCUAGGAGCCCGCAUGCGGGCCACAUAUAUGUGAAGAGUAUCAAAAACUGUAUCAUAGUAAUCAGUGCGGAUAAGUCUAUUUUGAAUAACUUUCCGAAAGGUGAGUGGAACCCAUCUUCGGCUAAUCAUGAUAACGGUGCUAAAGACCGUACUGAUUUUGCUAGCCGCGAUGGCGCACCUGCUCCGCAUGAGCUAUUGACCGAACAAGAUAUCAUCGAUGCUGUACAAGGCAAGGAGAUCACGCUUAAGCAGCUUAUCAAGGAGCUCCGGUCGAAGUUUAAGCAUCCAGAAAAUAAAGAUAGAUUGAAACUCUUUGUUAAGCGGCUUGUUAAGCUAAAUGGUACUUUCUUAGAGCUGGCACGCUGA